AUGGAUACAUGUCUACUGACGAUUCCAAUACGACCAGCAUUCAAUGCAGAUAUCUCUGCAGGAAUCAAGGAGUAUAUUGAGAGAGUGUAUCAGCAGAAUGUAGUGGAGUUUCUGGGGGAUAUCGACAAGUUACAGAGGCUUCGCGAUGCCACGAUUUUGUCAUCGCAAAGUGAGGCAGCUCUGGAGUACUACGGGCAGCUAGGUGCAUUGGCACCCAAGUUUCCCGCGAGCCUCAACUGCAGGUUAGUUUGGGGCAGUUCUCUUGGUUAUGGUGUUGGGUCUGUUGAAAGUAAUUGCUUGCAGUUCGAUCGGAUCAACGUCGCCUACAAUCUGGCUGCCGCAAUCACUCAGCAGGCCGCUGUAUAUACCAAAAACGAUUUGCGCAAGGCAUAUCAGUGUUACCAGCGCGCGGCUGGUAUUUUCCACACAUUGGUGACCACCGAAAUGGACAAAUUCCCUGGUCAACUUGCCAUUGGCCUCGACUAUGCUACCAUUGAAUGUCUCAAACUGCUCUGCCUGGCGCAGGCCCAAGAAUGCUUUUGGGCAAAUGCAGCUCAUCCUCGAGAUAGCACAAUGACAGUUAAACACGCGACGCUAGCCAAACUGGCUGAAGGUGUUCAAUCGUUGUAUAGUGAGGCUUAUGGGUUGGCCAACCGCUCUUCAGCGAUCCGCAUCGAAUGGGCCAGUCAUUUGCAGGCAAAGCGCGACUAUUUUGAAGCUGUUGCAAGGUACAGAAUGUCGCUAGAGUGCCUCGAUUCUAAGGAAUAUGGCGAGGAAGUAGCCUGGCUGCAAGCUGCGAAAGCAUCCUUGAUGUCCGAUACUAUUACCACUGCCAAGAUCGAUCCCUUGCUCAAAAAUAACAUCCAAGGCCUUAGGAGUCGAGUAGUUGGUGAUCUGAAACGUGCCGAACAGGAUAACAAUCUGAUUUAUUUGCAAAAUGUGCCAAACACCUUGUCUAACUUUACCAAGACGGUGGCAGCAAAGCCUAACCUUGAAAUCCUGAAAGACGCCGAUGCAAAAGCCCGAGUCGCUCCCUUAUUUAGGCUGUUGCUUCCUUUCCCAGUAUUCCAAGCCCCCAAGGCCUACAAAGAGAAGCUCGAGUUGUUUGUUGACAAGUACAUUGUCAAAGAAUGCCAGAGAAUCAACGAAAAAGUGCAAAGCAGCUUGACAGAAAUGCAUUUGCCGGGUGCCUUGGAAGCUGCUCAGCGACCCACCGAGGUCCCAGCCUUCUUAAUAGAGCAGCACGAGGCUAUAGUUAGAGCGGGUGGUCUCGAUGAACUAAGAAGACGCCGCGCUGCUGUGAAUGAGCUUCGAGAGCAGGUGGCUGAUGAGCUCUCAGAAUUGAAAACGGCAAUUUCUCGAGCUUUCCCCCAGCCCCAGCUCACGGGGGUUCGAGAAGUUUAUGAUGAAGUUGCCACCAAGUUUCAACAGUUGGUCGAAUAUUUAAGAGUAGGGAGAGCGAGUGACGCAAAAGUUGACGAGAGACUCGCACAAUCAGAGCAUUUAAUCCGCAUUCUAGUCGAGGGUGCAGAUGCAAUCAGCACAUUUUUACCGGACCCAGUGACCUCGACGCCCAACCGAGAACUUUCUCAGGUCUGCUCGGAUUUACAAGCUAUUGUUGGUACGUUGAUUGGGAAUUCCGCUCAGCGCACAGCAUAUGGUGAGCGGGCCAUGGUAAAGGCCGCAUCAAUGGAUAUAACUAGCAAGGUUAUGGAGUACGUGAAAGGUCGAGUUGCACCAAUCGAGCGGGCUAGUGACCUGGAUCCUGUAUACACUCAGCUAGUAGGAGAGUUCGAUCCCGCAUUUAUUUAUUUGAAACAACAAAAGGCCGAGGUGGAAUCUAUGCUGGCAUGUGCAGCGACCAGAAACAAACGUUUCCAUAAAAAGCUCAAGGAUCUGGGAGAUAAGAACAAGACCCGCCAGUUGGCAGUCGAGGCUCUAGAAACUGCUAGCGUGCGUUACGAUGAGGUGGGGGCUAACAUCGAUGAAGGCCGUAAUUUCUACGCGACUCUACGGGCUGAAAUUGAUAAAUUACAUCAUACUACAACUGAGUAUAGUGAGCGACACGCGGCUCCUCAAACACCACAAUCUCCUGUUUCGAGCGACGAGGCAGAAGAGGAAGCAUCCAUCCACUCGGUGCCACCACCUGGCAGUGAUGCUCGUGUGACUCCACUUUCCACUCCACGACAGCCGUUGCCUGGAGCGUGGGACCACAACUUGCCUAUUCGGUUUGGUUGA